GUGGAGGAGGGUUCAGGGGAUAUGGAGGCAGGUGCAUGGCAGCCAGACCCGCUCCUGGAGGAGCCUCGCAGGAUGAGUAAUGCCACGCAUGCCUUGCCCUCUCCUGCGGUGUUUGGCACACCAGGGCCCAGCACAGUGGCCAGGUUGGCCUCAGCCUCCCCAUCCCCAGCCCUUGCCCUGCUCAUGGCUGCCCACAACGACUCCCAGGACAGCCAGCAGCUUUUCCUGACCACGACGGCAGCACAGGUCAUCUCUGGCAUCUUUGUGUGGUCGGCACUCAUCAUCACCUUCCACCAGAUCUACACGCACCUGCGGAAUUACACCACCGCCAAGGAGCAGCGCUACAUCAUCCGCAUCCUCUUCAUCGUGCCCAUCUACGCCUUUGACUCCUGGGUCAGCCUCCUCCUCCUGGGCAGCCACCAGUACUACGUCUACUUCGACUCGGUGCGUGACUGCUAUGAAGCUUUCGUCAUUUACAGCUUCCUGAGCCUGUGCUUCGAGUACCUCGGAGGAGAGAGCACCAUCAUGGCAGAGAUCCGAGGGAAGCCCAUCACGUCCAGCUGCUUCUACGGGACCUGCUGCCUCCAGGGCAUGUCCUACUCCAUCGGGUUCCUGCGCUUCUGCAAGCAGGCCACACUACAGUUCUGCAUCGUGAAACCCCUCAUGGCGAUCAUCACCAUCAUCCUGCAGGCAUUUGGGAAGUACCACGAUGGGGACUUCAACGUCCACAGUGGUUACCUCUACAUCACCAUCAUCUACAACUUCUCUGUCAGCCUGGCGCUUUAUGCCCUCUUCCUCUUCUACUUUGCCACCAUGGAUCUGCUGCGCCCAUUUAAGCCAGUCCUCAAGUUCAUCACCAUCAAAGCAGUCAUCUUCCUCUCCUUCUGGCAAGGGAUGUUGUUGGCAGUCCUGGAGAAAUGUGGGGUGAUCCCUGAAGUUCAGCUCAUCGAUGGGAAGGAAGUGGGAGCUGGGACAGUGGCUGCUGGCUACCAGAACUUCAUUAUCUGCAUUGAAAUGUUCUUUGCUUCCAUUGCCCUGCGCUAUGCAUUCCCCUGCCAGGUGUACAGAGAGAAGAAAGAAAACUCAACAGCAAACCUCGCCCCAAUGCAGAGUAUCUCCAGUGGGCUGAAGGAGACCAUAAGCCCCCAGGACAUCGUGCAGGACGCGAUCCACAACUUCUCGCCCGCGUACCAGCAGUACACCCAGCAGGCAAUGCAGGAGGCAGAGCACAAAGUGCCGGGGGAGAACGGGCAUGUGGCCUCCAGGAUGGAGGGGCUGAGCAGCAGGAAGAGCAAAAACAUUGAGAAGAGAGUGCUGAUCCUAUCAGAUGAGGAUCUGUAGGAGAUGCCAGUGGACAAUGGCACUGGAAGUGUUUAAACCCAUGCAAAUGGGAGCUGUCUCGAGCCUGAGACACCCUGGUCUAAAUCAGGGUACCAAGAAGCCAGAAACUCUACCCAAUAAGCCAGUCUCUCAAAGGGAAGAUGCAAUAACCCAGGAAAAGGUUCUGUCAAAACGUGCCAGCCUUUGCUGCCCCAGUCUCUACUGGUGUUAGGGACUGGGCUGUCCUUGCUCCUACGACUAAGCAACCCUGUGCUGCAGCCUGGGCUUUGCCACCCUACUGCUGGUGUCUUGAUACCAGCCUUGUGCUGGGGGAUGCCAGGCAGGGAGGGGAGCCAGGCUGCAGGACAGACCAGCUGCCUUCACCCUCUUUUUACCUCCAAGCAGUGUCGAGGCCUAAGAGAAAUGCUUUUCUCAGCACAGUUCUGCUCUAGUUUCUCCUGAUUUGAGUAGAAAAUGAUCUCAAAGGGCCCUGUGGAGGAAACCAACCCAGGAAGGUGACUUCAUUUCACCUCAAAACCCGGUAACAGCUGAAAGACACUGGUCCUUAUUUUUACAUCUUCUCCCCUCUCCUUCCCCCAGAACAGUUGUACAGAAGACCUUAACCAGGGAGAAAAAGUAAGUCUUCUUCUUCUGCCUCCAGAUGGGGAUGCAGCUGUUUGAGUAACUCCCCCGGGAGCAGCGGCAGGACCUCAGUGGGGCUAACCCAGGGUCUCACAGCUGCAUUCCUGAGAGCAGCCGGUGACAGAAGCACUUGUUUAUGUCUAAGCCGACUUAUCUCCGAACAAAUCAGAAGUUAAAAGGGAUUCCAGCUUCUUUAUCAGAGCCUUUGUUAGGGAACCAGACUGUGACUGGUGGUGGUAGGAAUGCACUUACUGGAAACUAUCUGUUCCUCCUAACCCUUCACUCUUCUGCUGUCCCUGAGCUUUGCUCAACCUGUAGGAAGGUAGCUGGGAGUUGAGUCCAUCUGGGUGACAGGGGCAGGAUGGAGAUGCUGGGGGAUGCUGCCGCAUGAGGCAGAACCACUGGUGGGGAAAGACAGCAGGGAAGGAUUCUCCCUCUAUCACACAGUGAUGAAGAGUACGAAUACUGUUAAACUUCCCCUCAGGAGGUUGUUCUUUUCCCGAUUUUUAGUCCAAUUUAUAUUCCAAUUAAUCAGAUGAUUCCCAGGAACUUACUCAGGCACUGACCAGGCUGAGUGUGGGGGUGGGAGCUGGGGAAGGUGAAAGGACCAAGGCGAGUCUGCAAUCUCAGAUUCGCAAUCUCGUGGCAAACAAAGAGAGGGGUAAGGCUUAGAGCUGUUUUACCACACAACUUUGACCAGGGUUUUUUUUUUUCCUCCUCUUUUCUCUGCUCUUAAGCUGCAAAAUGUAAAUCACAAGAUGAAAUUAUUUUAUUUAUGAAUUUUUUUUUUCUAAUAAACAGCAGUUUCUACCAUGGAGUGAGCAAGCAUUUUCACUUAGCUCAGCAAGCAAAGCCCACGAUCUGCCUGUUCCUGCUCUAAUGCUGAUGCUCUUAAACUCGACGUCCUCCCUGCCCCUCGCUGCUGGCCCAGCAGAAAUACCUGCACAUGCAGCAUCCUGCACAUUUUUUGGCAUUCCCUCGGGAUUUGUGCUCAUCUUUCUCACUCCAAAGAGCGUGUGUUGCUCUUCCUCUCUUUGCACUGCACCUCUUCCAACCCUCAUCUAAACUGUGGAUGCAGCAGUUCAGAGCUGCUGGAUCCGAUUUAGCCAAACUAAGCUCAGAUAGCAGCCUCAGAAAGACAACCUCCAUUUGUGAUGAUUAUUGGAGACAUCUUAUCGUGCUUGGAAAGCUCAGACUUCACACAAGCAACCUUCAGCUAAGCCAGUCUUGCCAGUCCCUCUGCUCUGAAGUACUGCUGCUCAUACCUGCUCAGCCAGUGAGACUGCUGCUGUCUGCCUGCCAUGAGCCAUACAUUCUGUGCAUCCAGGCACCCACCCAGGGUCCUGCACAUCCUUGGGGCUGCAAAGUGCAGCCUCAGUGCUCAGGAAUGUGUCUGCUCAGUUUUGUAACAGAGCCAGCACUGAAGAAGGGACAUCUCUCAGCUGAACAUCUUGGGUCUUCUCUACUUCUCUGGGAGAGGGCUGGCCACAGAUGUAGGAACAGAGGCUGCUCUGGCUCCCAGCGUGAGGACAGACCGCAGAGGUGAUGAUGGCACAGCUGUCGGUGUGUUCAUGGCUGCUGAAGUAAAGACUUGCACAAGAACACAGCAAGAAAUGUGGUUGUACUUCAUUGCACAAAUGAUUGACUCCGGUGCAUAAUAGGCUGCAUUCAUUGCUCUUACCAGCAGGUGCAAUUCCCACUGCAGACAAUAACAUUUGCCUAUUUAUGUCAA